AUGACCAUCAAGUCGAUUUCAAUGCAAUCACUCUAUCUAUUUCUCGCUCUCGUCUGGGCUUGUGAUGUUCUGGCUGGGAGCCGUGUUUGGCAACCAGCAAGCUCCCAAGCAUUAGAUCGCCGCUUCUUCUAUAUCCAGGACAAAUCAAGCCAAUCUCUACUUACGCUGGACGAUCGAGAGGUCUGGCCAGGGAGGGAAAUCCGCUACUGCUGGGAUCCCUCUGAUCCAAGGGGAACCAAACGGCAGCUCAAGAAAAACCUCAAGGCAGCGCACAACCGGUGGAUAACCAAAGGUCUUUCAAGUGAUUUUAGGCUUACUGAAGCCACCAGCGAAGUCUGUCAGGAUUCGGAUGCGCGUCACGAUCUUCUCUUUAUUUCGCUCGUCCGCCAGAAUGAGGGCAUGGCAACCUCUGUUGGGCGUCCUGCGAUGAAAUUACCAUUGACUGUAGAAACUUCUCGCUGUGAUCCCAAAAUGCUUCUCUUUAGAGGUGAGGAAACUGGAAACAUAGGCGUGCGAGAUAUGGUGGCGAACUAUGCACACGAGCUGGGCCAUGCCUGGGGUCUCUAUCAUGAACACCAGAACCCGGCGUUUUGGAGUGGCACACUACUCGCUCAGGGAGGCAGUGUUUUCGGCCCGGGAAAUAACGGGAAUUGGCGAUGCGAGAACCUGAAGGACUACAACAGCUUUAGAGACCGCAUUGUACCGGCCUCGGAUGGCGUGGGAGAGAUGAACAUCGACAACUUCUGUUCCUCAUACACGGCGGCGCUAAAGGUAGGAUUCAGUGCCGCGGACUACCUGCCCAUGGAUCAAAGUGCAGGAACUGCACAUUCAACACAAGGUGGUCCUGGAGAUGUUGACUGGGCGUCAGUUAUGAUUUAUCCAUCUGGAGCUGGGGGUGUGGUGGAUAAUAAUCUGCCAGGCGACGAUAAACGGAGUCCCAUCCUGCUGAAGCCUGACGGGACCCGGAUCCCUGAGAAUCGAUGGCCAAGCCAGAUGGAUAUUACAGGGCUGCACCAGCUGUAUGGACAGGUGCCGGCAGCCAAGAAGAGUAUUCUCCAAAAGGUUGGAGGUGCAACGACCCGCGCCUUUAAUAAAGUAUAUGAUUUAAGUAAGGGCAGAAGGCAAGGGGAAGCGGGAUGUCUCUAA